CGGGCGAUGUCAAGCACAUCAAAUCUUCUCCGCCGGAAUUUUUCGACGUGGAAUAUGAAUCUCCUGCGACUUCGAUUUCAGAAUGACCACUGUCGCCUCAAACAUCGUACUAGGUCUCUCAGGUCUGUUCCUGUCCUGCGUUCAAUACCUGGAAGUUUUCCUCCGCCUGCACUAUAUCGGUUUGAAACUAUCACGCUGGGGUGUAUCCAAGAGCCUUAUUGGUACCAAUCGACAUGGAUACGUAAAGGCGGCUGAGAUGGAGCUCGAAAAGCUUCGUUCAUGCCUGGAGAGCAUCAUGAGUCGCUUCGCUGAAGCUCAGAAUGAAAAGCAGAAAUUUCGAACUAAAGAUCGAAAAGAACAGCAACGCUUUGGACACUCAACGCCUGUUGAUGCUCAAAGAAGGAGACAUGCCACACACCGAGCUAGACUUCAGAAAAAUCAUCAGAGGCUACGUGACCAAGUACGCGACAAAAUAUAGAACGGUGUCAAACGGACUCGGUGGGCACUUUCGAACGAAAGGUGCUCGAGCAUCUCAUCGUGGACUUGCGAUCCGACGUCAAUGAGCUGAUUGAGCUCUUUCCUACACUGCUCCACCAGUAACCUCUAAAACACAACGGCCUCCAUGAACGAGUGGAGUAGUGAAGUGAGGUCAAGGUCUCUCGACCUGAAGUGCCGCAA